UUUUGGUCAGGCCUCCGGGCGUCUUCACGUAGUGGGAGGGAAGAGUGUGGAGCGUAGGAAAGUGGAGGGGGGUAGGGCGGGAGAAGAGAAGAGCCAAAGGGGACAGAACCAGUCCGCGGUAAACCCGGAGUUAAGACACCGACUGACUGAUGGCCUGGGUUCCACACAACUCGGGCUUCUGUCUGCGUGGGGGAGGAGCGACCCAUCCUGGCUCUGGGUUCCCGCCAAUCAGGAGCCAUCCAGCUGAGCAAGACGCGCAGGGGGCCUCCGGAGCGGCUGAGUGGUGACGGCAAGGGCAUCAGCUUCCGAGAUGAGCUCUCAGAAAGGGAACGUGGUCCGUACCAGACCCCAGAGGCACCAGAACACGUUUAGCUUCAAAAACGACAAGUUCGAUUCCAGUGUUCAGACGAAGAGAAUAAAUGCAAAGCUUCAUGAUGGAGUAUGUCAGCACUGUAAAGAAGUUCUAGAGUGGCGAGUAAAAUAUGGCAAGUACAAACCACUAUCAAAACCUAAAAAAUGUGUUAAAUGUUUAAAAAAGACAGUGAAGGAUUCUUAUCACAUGAUUUGUAGACCAUGUGCUUGUGAACUUGAAGUUUGUGCUAAAUGUGGAAAGAAAGAAGAAAUUGUUAUUCCGAUCAGUAACAACCUAGAGAAGACAACAGACGUGGAAAGUGAUGAAAUAUCUAAGUGUAAGAGAAGAAACAGAAGAUUUGGAGAAGAACAAAGCAGUGAUGAAUUAGAUUUUGACCUUGAUCUAAACGAAUCAGAAGAUGAAGAACAUGAUAAUCAUAACAGCUAUAGCAAAAACAAAUCUGCAAGUGUGAAAACCUAAUGAACUUUAAGGUCUUGUACAAAGGCCUGUGGAAUUAUAUUCAAGACAGUGAAAAGUUCACUGACCAGGGAUUAGGGGUUGCUUAGAUUCUAGUCUUGCCUCUGUUAUUAACCAGUUAUGUAACCAUGGUAAAAAUCACUUGCUUUCUUAAAGCCUGUUGUUUUUUUCAUUUGUAAAAUGACAUCAGUACAUGACCUGAAAAAACUGUUUGCAGCUCAAGUUUUCUAUCAUUUGAAUUUCAUCCAAAGCAAAAUCCAUGCUUAAAUUUCUCUUGGAAUAAUAAAAACAAGCUCUUUUUUUGGGGGGGCAGGGCAAUUGGUGUUAAGUGACUUGCCCAGGGUCACACAGCUAAUACAUGUCAAGUGUCUGAGGCCAGAUUUGAACUCAGGUCCUCCUGAAUGCAGGGCCGGUGCUUUAUCUACUGCACCACCUAGCUUACCCCCUGCUCCUUUACUUUUGAUGCUUCCAUUUUGAGUUUUCUCAUGAAAUGUCUCUUUAAAUCAAAUGUUGAGUAAUUUUAGUAUUAUUAUUUAGAAAGCCACAUAAUUAGAAGUCAUAAAUUUGAACAGUAUCCAAAGGAAAGGAGUUGACCUCAUUAGGGUGUCUUCAAUAAAUAUUAGUUAAUUGAUCUCAGGUAGAAAAUUCACAUUGAAAAGCCAUGAUCUCUUUUUUUUCCUCUAUUGUAGAAAUAGAAUGUUGUAGUAGGAAGAACACUGGAUGUGAGGUUCCAAGAUAACAAAGUUCAAGUCCCAUAAUACUUAGAAGUUGACAAGUCAGUUAAAUUCUUUAGUCUUCAGGUUCCUUGUCUAUGUAAUGGGAGAAAAAAUACCUUGUGUGCAGAGUUCAUGUAAAUAAAGCACUUUGUAAACCAUAAAGAACUAUAUGACUUAUCACAACUCAUUCAUAAAAAUCAAGUAUUCUUCUUAUUAAUAAGAAUAAUAAGGAUAACACCAAUUUAUGCUCCUUGUUUUUCCCCUUCAUAUAAAGAGCUUAAUUUCAUAUUUUACAUUAAAGAAGUGAUGUUGUAUUGUGAAGGCAGAAGUCAUAAUCUGUAUCACUUGGGUUUACUGCCCAAGAGGUCUUAGACACGAACAUUUUUGUGAUACAUUAUACUCAAGCCCUUUCAUAUACAUUAUCUUGUGUCAUCCAUUCUGGCUCUGGUUCUUCCACUUGUUAAUUAUUAGAUACCAGUUCCCUCUGAUCCUCAGUUUCCUGUAGAGCAAGUUAGUAAGAGCUGUUCUACUUAGUGUCAUAAGUACUAUAGAGUUCAUCUAAUCACAUUCCCAUAUUUGAAGUUGAGAAAGCAGGCCCACAGAGGGCACAGGAAUUGCCCCCUUGUUGCAUGGGUAUAAUAGUGGCAGAAGAAUUCUGAAUUCUCCCAGGCCAAUACCCUUUCAACUAUAUCUACCUUACAGGGUAGUUAUGAAUCUAAAAUUAUUUAACAAAUAUGAAAGUUGUAAAUUGCUUUCUAAAAACAAGUUUAUAUAGCUUUAUGCCCAACAUUUUAAGUAGGAGAAUAAUGUUCGUCCUUCUCAACUCCCCUCUAGUCAGUUAUGAAUGUGUUUCAAUGUAAUUAAACAUAUUUAGAAUAUAAUCCAAUUUAUGCAAUGUCUUUGCUUUUGGAAUAUUAUCAUUAUUAUUAUUAAUUUAGAAUGGUACGUGCUAUACAGAUUACUCAAGUAGAGGGACAUUUGAUAAAGAGCAUCACCUAGUGGCAUGUUUUUGUAAUUGUAAUUCUUUAGUUCCAUGCCACAAAAUGUUCUUAGCGAAAAUAGCCUAGAAUUCAUUUGCUAUUUAAUUUAGUUGUAUUUAUAUAGGAAUUGUUUCCCUGACCUAAAAGCAUUUUCUAGAUUGUGAAUCAGUAUGUGGAAAUGGAGGAAAGGCUUUUUAUUUUCUUUUUACUGUGAUUUCUAAGCAUUUUUUUGGGUAGCUUUAUAUGUGGCCAUAUAUCAAAACAAUGUACUGCAUAUCCUGAAAUCUUAUAAUUUAUGAUAGUGACUAGUAUAUUAUAUGGCUAAAAAUUAUUAGCACAAAAGUUUGAUUCAUAAAUAAGAUUUAGAGUUAUGUACUUACUUGCCUAUAUUAUGCAGGGCCAGUUUCAAAACAUUUUCAAAGGAACAAAAAGCAUAAAAAAUAUAACAGAUGAAAGAAAUGGCAUCAGUUCAACAAAUUUUAUUAAAUAUUAGUACAGUGCACUGUGCUUAGGUCUUUUUGUCUGUGGUUUUGGAAACUCCUUCCAUUUUCACAGAUGAGCAACUCUUGAAAUAUCUGUUCAAAAGGAAUUCCUGAGAGCUUAAGUCAGUUGUUCAUAGUUACAUAGGCAGUAUGUAUCUGAAGCAAUAUUUUUUUUUUUAAGUGAGGCAAUUGGGGUUAAGUGACU